UGAACUCGUCUCUCUCUCAACGUCAUAGAAACACGACGUCUUCAACACUUUCAGGAAGAACACACGUCUCACACAGACAGGACAAAUAGGAGACAAGUGGACAGACAGGUGGACAAUUAGGAUACAGGUGUGAUUACAGACACCGAGGGGUCGACAUCCAGAUGACUCCACCUCCUGUUCCUGUCCCGAAGCCUCGAGCUCGUUACCUGAGGGACAGUCGGAGCUCCGCCUCCUCUCUAGAAGUCGUGACUGAUCAGACGACAUCGCCUCCUCCCUCAGAUGGAGUUCAGUGCAGCACAGAUGAAGACGCUCCUCCUCCUCCCAGUGUCCCCCCCCAUGAUGACUUCUUCCCAUCAUUGGCUGGUGUCUCUGACAUCAUCGCCACUAACAUUCCCUCAUUGGCUGGAGUCGUCACUGCCAUUGGAGGCUCCGCCCCCACAGCCGCCCCAGCCCCCACGGCGCCCCCAUGUGUUGACAGCAUAGCUAACAGCAUCGCUGCUCACGUACCGGACUUAGCAGAAACUGCUAGCACUGUGGCUAACCCCACCACCGCCCCCACCUCCAGCACAGGUGCUGCUAGCUUAGACAGCAUUGUUAGCUCACUGGCUAACAUACCCAGCUUUUCAGGCAUCAUUAAUGGCUUGGCUAACCAGACUGUUAGCUCCUCUCCCUCAGAGGAUAAACUACGCCCCCUCUCCCUGAAGACUGAAGGUGGAGGAGCUCAUACAGAUGUUUCUGCGCUGUCACAGCUGGUGAUGUCGACCUUGGACCCAGCUGCAGACGUCAGCUUCCCACCUGUAGAGGGCGCUGCAGACGUCAGCUUCCCACCUGUAGAGGGCGCUGCAGGUGUCCCACCUGAAAAUGGCACUAAAGGUGAAGACGACUAUGUCACUGUUUUGGCGUGUUGGACGAAUCAGGAGGAAGCUGACAGCGAGUCGUCCAAUGAGGAGGAAGAUGCAGGCCCUGCCCCCUCUGGAUUGGAAGGACCAAUGGGAGGAGACAGCAUCUCGUCCAAUCAGUCGCCUCGUUUGAUCCCAACUCGACCGGCCCCACCCCCUCCUCGAACAGCCGGCCAAUCAGGAAAGAGUGUGAGACCUGUGAAGAUCCCGAGAGCUGCCACCAUCAGAGUCUCCAGGAAGAAAGGAAGAAGAGAACCAUCGACUCCUGUCAGCGCCGUGGUCAGAGCAAGUUGGUUGGAUGUCUGGAAGGGAUUCAGACACAGUGUCUUAUGGGCGACGUUGGACGGACAGCUAAUGUCUCUGUGGAAGAAACGAACAGACCGGUUCAGUGAGGUGAUGUUCCAUGUCUCCAGUAUCACCAACGUCAAGACACAGGACAAAGGACGGUUCACAAUUUACUUCAGGAAGAAACACUACGACUUCAUGGCUCAUAGUGACGACGUCCAGGACGGUUGGGUCUCGUCUCUGCUGGCUUCUCGGGGCCAGCCAAGUCCCGCCUCCCCAGACUUGCACGGACCAAUCAGCAUGAAGGAGUCUCGUGGACGGGCCUAUGCAGCCGUGUGGGGCCACGAGGUCUGGAUCUACCCCAGCAAGGAGAGCUUCCAGCUGGGCAUCGCCUCCUUCUCCGUCCCCCUGAACCUGGCCACAGCCAAGACCACCGGGAAGCACUCCUUCAGCCUCAUCACGCCCUACAGGACAUUCAGCCUGUCCGUUGAGUCGUCCAAGGAUCUGUCUCUCUGGUUGGACGUCUUGUCCUCGACUAUCCGCAGUGCCCUGUCCUGCAGCCAGGUGGCGCAGCGUCUCUGGGAGAACCCGUCCAACAAGGUGUGUGCUGACUGUGGAGCAGCUAAUCCUGAGUGGGCGUCGGUCAACCUGCUGCUGGUCAUCUGCCACGACUGUGCAGGUCAACACCGAGCUCUGGGCAGCAACUUGUCAAAGGUUCGAAGUCUGAAGAUGGACAACAAGAUCUGGACUGAACCACUGAUACAGCUAUUUAUCCUCUAUGGGAACCGGCUGGCCAAUCAGGUGUGGGCUCCAGCCGCGCCAGGGGCGGAGCUACUGCAUCCAGGGGCCAGUGAUGAGGAGAGGUCACAGUUCAUCCAGGACAAAUAUAAGAGGGGGCGCUAUAGACGAGUCCAUGGUCUGGUGUCCUUCCCCUCCAUGAUGGACCAGAGGUUGUGUCAGGUCGUGUGUAGUGAUGAUGUAGAAGAAACAAUGUCUCUGAUCUGCUCAGGUGCAAAGGUGAGUCAGUCUGACCCCCAGAGCCCCUCCCCCCUCCUGCUGGCUGAGAGAGCCAAUCAGGCGCUGCAGACAGAACUACUUCGACUCAACGAGUUCACAGAAGUCCCGCCCCAUCAUCCCCACUCAGCCAAUAGGGGACUUGACUCCGCCCCCUCAGGGGACGAGGAGGAGGAGCUUCACGGGAAACUGGAGGAAGAUCGUUUCUUGUUCUCGGUGGAAAACGACUCAGCCGCUUGCGACGUCCUGGACCUGAGGGAGGUUCUAUCUGUGUUCCUGAAGGACGGACCGGCUCAUCAGUUUGAGAUAGUGACGCUGACCGAUCAGCUGAUCUGUAACGCUGACGACAAGGAGGCGGUGCUGAACCACCUGGUUCACAUCCUAAAGGUGGUACUCCCGGGGGGCGUGUCUUAUGCGGAGGUGGGCGGGGCUUCUGCAGUCAGUAAAGUGUGUGUGGUUGAAGUGGGCGGAGCCACUAGUCAGUCUGACGCUUGGUUAUUGCUGUGGGAGGGCGGAGUCAGCAUUUACCCCGUCCACAGACACACCAUGCAGGCCCUCAGGAUCGAACUGAGCAUGCUCAGUCACCACGAAAUUGAUUCUUCUGAAAACAUCAUCACCAUGGUAACCACAGAGAGGAGUGUGACGCUACGUUUCCAGGAGGACUACAGUUCUCAGACCUGGUUCAACCACCUGGAGACAGCCCUGGCCAAUCAGAGCUCGGAACCUCAGUGUCCUCCUCCAGCCAAUCACAGCUCAGCUCCUCCUCAGCGUCCUCCUCCAGCCAAUCGGAGCUCAGCUCUGUACCCUAAGAUGGAGCUGUGGACCAGAGGUUCCGUUCCAUCAGCGAUCGAACGCUGCAUCUCCCACAUCACGGCCUUCGGUCUGAAGGUGGAGGGCGUCUACCGCCGCUGUGGCCUCGCUCCCAAAGUGAAGCGAUUGGUGGAGGUCCUGAUGACAUCACCAAACUCCGCCCCCCUGGAGGGUGAUGAGCAGGGUGUGUUGGACGCUGGCUCCGCCCUCAAACAAUAUGUCCGCCAGCAGGAGAGGCUGGUCCCAGAACGAGACCAUCCGCAGUGGCUGCAGGCUGCAGUGAUUUCAGACGAACGCAGCAGAUUUAAAGAAUACAGACGAUUACUGCGACAACUUCCUGAUGACAACAGAGCAACACUGAACGCCCUGUUUGGACACUUCUACAUGGUCCAGGUGUUCUCCUACGUCAACAAGAUGUCGGCCCAUAACCUGGCUGUGGUUCUGGCUCCGUCUGUGUUUCAGGCUAUGAACCAAGAUAUGAUCAACCUCACCAGAGAGUUCAUCAUCCACCACACUCUGCUGUUCCUGACUCCAGGUGGAGGGCGGAGGGAGGAGGAGGAGGAGGAGCAGAUCACCGUCUUGUGAUGAAGAUGUUUUCUCACUUUAAUGUUUCUGAAGAUGAACUAAAUAAUCAAACUCUAUUUGACAAACGGAUUAUAAAACAGUUUCAUACAGAUUUAAAGAAAAUAAUGAAUCUCUUUGUAACUCAUCAGUUUAUGUCUAUGUGAUUAUUAUUUAUGGUGUUUAUGGUUAUUUGGUCCAAACUGUGAUUAUCGUGAACAAUAAAAGUGAUGAGUUGGCGCCCCCUGCUGGAACAACAAUAAACCAACCUCCUUCCGCCUUCA